AUGUGCAAGCGCAAGUUCGACUCUGAGGAUGCCUGCGAGGACCGUAGCGCCAAGCAGCUCAAGCUGGUGCCCUUUCCAAAUUACCAGAAUGACAUGGACGUCGAUAUGUCAGACUCGUCGUCCUCCGUCCCCUCGCCGUACACGCCCUCAAACGACAACUUCCACUAUCGUCACGAUUCCGGCGCCAGCGCAUACUCGUCGUCGUCUGAGGGUGCCUCAUUCCCCUCUUUCAACGUUCGUCCCGAGCCCUUCUUCCACCCUGACGGCUCCGUCAAUGUCGACUCGCACAACUUCUCCCGCAUCGCCACCCCUCCCCGCGAAGUCGGCCUCAUCCAACCGAAGUCUAGCUUCAUGCACAACGGUUCCUGCACCCAGAUUCCCAAGCUCCGUAUCGCCUGCUCAUCCGGUCUCAAUGGCUCACGGACGAUGUGGUCUCACUGCGAACAAUGUGGCGCCAUCGAGAUGCUCGACCCCGACUACUAG